UGUCACGGCUAUCAGGACAGACGGUUUGAGAUAUUGAUUAUAAGGAUAUUAUACAAACUCAAACCUACAAUGUUAACAGAUACUACAACGACUUUCAACAUGGAAGACGUCGAGGAGAUUAUAACCUGUUCGAUAUGCAUGGAGAUAUUCAAUUUACCUUGUGUUUUGCCAUGUCAACAUACAUUCUGUGAACAUUGCCUAUCGAGCUUUAUAAAGGAUAAAACAGACCGGAAGAAAUCAAAUAAGAAGAUAGUUUCGUGCCCACUUUGUCGCGCUGUUACGGUUAUUAAGCAAGCGCCAUAUGAUGGAACAGCAUUUCCAAAGAAUUUGACUGUUGUAGCACUAAUGGAUUCUUCUGCUGUGCAAGGUGUGAACACAGAGGGAGAAUCUAACCAGGAACCUAAAGAAAGGCAUGAUAGUGAAAAGAAGGAAGACGUUUUGUGCUGGUUUGAUGACGUGCUAUUUUCGAAAAUUACACUGCGCAUUGUAAAUUACAUCUACUUGCACUUGUGUCAUUCAAAUGCUGAAAUAACGCGGCGUGCAUUUGCCUUUUUACUGUUGUUUUUGAAUGUCUUUAUUUGCUCAUACGGUCUCGUAAUACUGCAUAACAAUAAUUGUUGGCUGGUAAUAUUAAUUGUAUUUUCCGUUGGAAAGCCUCCAUUUUGUUUGUGGAAAAAUAUGUUUAACUUAAUAAGAUCUAAUAAUUCGCUUGAAAAUCAAAAACUAUUGCAAUUGCUUAUUCUGAUAUCUUUGGUUGCAACCGCCAUUUUUCUUGUACUCAUAGUCUCUGUUUUGAUUUUCAAUUUUGCUGUUUUGACAUUUUCAACCCUUCCAUGGAAAUGGCAAACUCACUACAACAGAAUGGGUCAGCCCGAGUGCGUUAAAUUCUGGGAAUUUGAUUAUAAUAUUUUCAUAACGAGAUUUCAGAGCGUGUCGAGGACUCAGUUACAGGUUAUUUGUGACUGGAUUCAACACAUUCAAAGACAUAUCAUGCAUGGUAUAAGCCAUUUCCUAUGGCAGUGAUUUAUAUUAAUUGUUAUUGUGUCUGAUUAUUAAAACCUCAUAAGUGAGCGUGUCACUGGCAUAACAUUAGUAUGAGUUUAUUUAUGACUUGAUUCAGGGCGAUUAGAGAGGGCGGAACUUAUGGGCGUCACCUUUUGACAUGACCUCCCACAAACCCGAAAUUGAUUUGGUUUAAAAGGACGUAUUGUGGGAUUUUAUCAAUUUCUUGUCCUUGUUGGGGUAUUUACUUUUCUCUUCUAUAAUAAGAUAAAAGUGAAAUUGGACGAUUUCAGCCAUUUUCUUUGGAAGUUAUUUAACUGCCAUAUGCCGAUACCGAAUAUGUACACACAUAUCAUAUGUACACUGCAAUUGCUUCUGAUGUUGUUAAAGUAUGUUGAGUAACGUAAUCAUUUCUUUUAACAAAUGAUUUCAAGAUAACGCUCUAAAUCCUAUUUUCUCUCAUAAGUGUGCAAUUUUCUGUGGAAGUGAUUCAAAUGUCAUCUGCCGAAUUCGAAUAUGUAGAAACAUAGCAUACAUAAAUUGCAAUUAUGUUAAUUUGAUUGAAGUAUUUUGUUGCUAUGUAUUUUUUAACAAAUGUUGUAUAGUUAACGCUCUAUAUCAUAGUAUACCUCAUUUUGUAUUCACCAUAACAUUGUUCAGGGCUUUCCUCAAGGCAAAGGAUGAUUAGAAGUACCAACAUUUAAAAUGUUACAAGAGUUUGAUUUUGUUUUUAAGUCAAAUGUUUAGCAUGCAUAAUAAAUAAUUCCCUUUCAUAAUGUGUAUGUAUAAUAAGGAGUUGAGAAACUUUUACGAAAGAAUGUUUUAUGAAGUCUGGUUGAAAUGCAUUUGUAUUUUCUUGGAAAAGUCUUUCUACACAAUGAAUAUGUAUUUGUGUUUAAAUAUUUAAGAUUACCUAACAAUGUUUUGUGAUUUGUCUGAGGAUUGCAUCAAUUUUAAUAAAGAUAUUAAAACAUUUUAACCAGGAAAUGAUUACACUAUUUUAUUGAAUGUCUUUAUUAUUUGAAAUUAUUUUAUCAAGAAACGACAAUACAGUGUUGAUAGUAAAUCUGGAGCAGUUUGACACGAAAGUAUGUAUGUAUUGUCAACAUACUUUCCUAAACAAAUGCAAAUUCUUUUUCAGCUUAACUUUCCGUUAUAAAAAUUGCUUUAUUCUUUAUAACACCAACACAUUUGAAAAUGAUGUAUGUUUUUACUCUUGAAAAAAGA